CCUCGCAUCGUCGACGGCGUCAGUCAGCGAGCAGCGGUCCAACGGUGCGUAUGCGUAUUUUGGUGCGCUCCACGGUGCGUAUGCGUGUUAUUUGACCCACAGAAGGGAAAUCGCGGUGCGGCAGUAUCUCGUAAACCAUCGUCGUCGUCGUACGUAUACGUCUUCCUCCUCCUGUUUUGUUGUGAGUCGACUUCUUCGCGCGUUCUUCUUCAUUUUGGCCACCGGUUUUUGUGUUACCAAUCCAUGCAUUUUUUUUUGCUGUUUUUCUUGUUUGUUUUGGGUUCGAUUUACGUACGGUAUGAAAUCGGAAUGAAAUAACCAAGGCAAGACCCUAGUGAAAAAUGUGUAUGAGUGCUAAAUAGUGUGUGCUAUGUCGGUUUUCGGUCACCAUUGAUGAAUGGCCAUGGCCGGUGAAUAUUGAAAGGGGCCGCCACAACACAGAUAAUAGCAGAAACCAAACCGCUUUAGGCCUAAAAUUCACUCACAAGUGUCAUAUUUCGUUUUGCAAAAGCACUGAUUAUAUUUAUUCGUUCAUAAAAAAGCGUUAAUUCGGUUAAGCACUUAAAGCGACCGGCUCCACAUGGACUGGCAGUUGGCCAGCAGAAGCUGGAGCGAUGCUGCGUUGACAGGAGCCACAAUCCUUAUCCACUGGACAAAUUGCACCUGCCUCGUUUGAAACCGCUCCGAUCCGAUCUUCCAAAGUUUCCAGAGUUCCCAGAGUUCCCCACAAUACUUCCUAGGCCAUCAUGUCCAGCAGUCACUCCGGCACAAUUGGCCGUAAACGCGUCGGCAGCGGCAGUGCUGCCAGCAGCGAAUAUUACUACGCUUCCGGCGGACUGGCAGGACUCGCAGGAUUGCCAGGACUGCCCGGAUCCGGAAACGGGGGUGGGGAGCAGCUGCGGCGCCAGCGCUCCGCCGAGUGGCACAGUCACGGCCGACACACUCACGGUCAUGGCCAUGGGCUAAGUCCCGGACUGGGUCACGGCAUGGGUCACGGAAUGGGUCACGGCUACGGGAGCAGCAGCGAGGACGAGUACCAGAACACCGGACCGGCAACGGCCUUCGACACCCAACUGCUCGCCCAGCUGCUGCUGCAGAGUCAGCAAUUGGCAAGCAUGGAGCACUACAACUCGGACUGCGAGCCGGAGUAUCUGAGACAGCGCGACCGGCACCUGGAGGACACGCCCCUGGGCGAUGGCCCGCCCCCCGUGGCGGCCGCCCCCGAGGUGACCUACGCGCAGCCGCACCAGCAGCGCGCCACUAUGGCGGGGUCACCGCUUAAGGUGUCCACCGUCUCGGCGGGCAAGUACCAGUCGAACGCCAAUCUGGGGCUCUUUCCCAACAGCAGCAGCAGCGGCGGCAGCAGCGUCCAAAAUGGAGUGACCACUGCCAACACGCCGCGCAGCACGAAUCCCUUCCUGAACAAUAGCUCCUCGAAGUUUCCCGGCGAGGAUGGCGCCGCCAACGCCCUGGAAAAUAUCCUUAAAUCCUCGGCCUCCUCCUCGACGGCGGCAUCGAGCAAUCGGAGUCAUCGCAACACCAGGAACACCCUGAAUCGCCUCAGUGGAAUGACCAGUUCCAGCAGCGACUCCCAGACCCACCAGCAACUCCAGAUGGCCCAGCAGCAACAGCAGCAGAUUGCUGCGGUGAAGCAACAACACCUGCUGCCGCCGGAGGACAGUGGCGAUGAUGAGUUCGUCCUGGGCCUGGGAUCUUUGGAUGUGGGCCACUGCAGUAGCGGCGGGGAAUCCGAGGAACCGCCGCCGGAACCAGCGCCCCCUGAGAUUCCCCCGCGCACCCAGUCGCUCCUCAUGUCCCUUCGCAAGCACUCCGACUACAAGCUGAAGUACGAGGAGAAGGGCGACCAGAAGCACGAGGAGUUCAUCCCCACCAGCCAGCUGCAGAAGGAUUAUAUUAUCAGCGAUAACCUCCGUUCAGAUCAGCAACUUAAGCCUAUAUCGCCAGGGGACUCAAAUGGGUAA